AUGCCCGACAUAGACAAGGAAUUGGCGGCGAGAUUAGCCAGGCUUCAGGGAUUGUCCACAAGCCGUAGUUCAGGAGGCCAUAGCACCGGAGUCGGGCUUCAAGAACGCCUGGAUGCUCUAUCUGGGCACUGUCCAGAAGGUGCAGAGGAGGACUUCAACAACCGAUUAGCUUCGCUUUCAGCAGCGAGAGACACGCCAUCCUCCGCGGAGGAUCUUAACACACGGCUCUCUAGGUUAGCGACCGGGAGCGAUGCCGGGUCCAAGUCAGCUACGGCUGCCCCUAGGAAACGGCAGUACGAUGUACCAGGGGACUUUUCCGACGAAUGGGAAGACCUGGACGAUUUGUUGGCAACCGCGCUUGAGGGAAGCAAAGGUUCGCCUUCAACUGGCGAGCCAUCGCUACUGAGGGAGUCCGAUGUUGACGGGAAGCUCAGCGAGCUCGAUGUGCUGCUGAGAGCCGAAGCUUCUCGAGCAACACUCGGCGGCAGCGCCCCAGCCGAACGCGCCGCGGCAACGGUCGACCAAGCGGUGGAGGCGUUUCUUGGAGGAGGAGGAGCGGGUGGGGAUGGGGCCGGGCGGGGAGACCAGGGCAUGAGAGGCGGUUCACUCGACGUUGAGGAAGAACGUCUCCUGCAGAUGGUGUCCGACCAAGUACGGCUCGAGGGUGGCGGCCUAAUCAACGAAGCAUCCGCGCCAGUGCAGGAGAAACCGGGAGAGAUGUGGCUCCCAGUCGCCCCCACAGGCCGACCAGAAAUUUCUUCUCCCGCCGCCGGCGCAAACCUCGGCACCGGAGCAGCAGACGCAAGACUCAUCGCGCAGCAGGCGAUGGAUGAGGCACGUCUAGGCCUUACCAGCACCGGCGACGGGUUCAAAUCGGCGUCCGAGACUGGAAAAAACGCGUCACAUCGAGAUAGGCGGCAGGCGGCUGCGUGUCCGAAGGAUGAAGCGUUGUCCUCCUCGUGGUGCUGCAUCUGCAGUGAGGACGCGAGCUUGCGGUGCAGGCCCUGCGAACGGGAGAACGGUCAGGACGAACCGGAACUCUUUUGCGCGCGGUGCUUCAAGGAAACCCACAGAGGGGACUCCGAAAUGGAGGUGCACCAACCGCAGGCGUUGUCGAGGGCAAGGCAACAGGAGGAGGAUGGGAGAAAAGGCCGUCGAACCUGGCGGCGACGGAAGUAA